GAGAAGAAGAAGGGCAGGAGGAGGCAGGGAAUUGCCAACCUGGCUGGGAAGCCACCGCAGCAGAAGCCAGGCUGGCAAAGCCCGCAGGCACUGGGGAGGGCUCCUUGGAGGGGCGGAAAGCGUCAGCUGGAGAAGAGGACUCGGACAGCACCAGGGACGAGUCACCGGAGGAGGAUGGCGAGAGCCCCUGCGAAGCAGAGGCCAAAGAGGACAGGAAGGCAGCUCCUGAGAAAGCCACGAUGCCACGGACGCAGCACUUCAAAGGGGAUGUCGCAGAGGGCUCCGAGUACCUCUACAAAACCCACAUGUGCCCUGAGUGCAAGCGGUGCUUCAAGAAGCGAACGCACCUGGUGGAGCACCUCCAUUUGCACUUCCCUGACCCCAGCCUCCAGUGCCCCAACUGCCACAAGUACUUCACCAGUAAAAGCAAGCUGAAAAUCCACAUGAUGCGGGAGACAGGCGAGAAGGCCCACCGCUGUCCGCUCUGCCACUACAGCUCAGUGGAGAAGAACGCCCUCAACCGCCACAUGGCCAGCAUGCACGAGGACAUUUCCAACUUCUACUCCGAUGUUUACUCCUGCCCCGUCUGCGAGGAGAAGUUUCGGCUCAGCCAGGCCCUCAAAGAGCACUUGAAGACUCACAAAACUGAGCCCAAGAGGCUGAGCUGCUUCCAGGGGGGCUGCAACUACUGUGCGGAGGACCGGAAGGAGUUUGUCCGUCACCUCAAGGAUGCUCACGGCAUUAAGGCGGUGGAGUGCAAGUACCAUGCCUGCUCACUGCUCUUUGACACGGCUGAGGCCAUGGAGGCUCACCGAAAAACUCACUACGCCUUCCACUGCCAGCAGUGUGACUUCAUCUGCUCCAACAAGCAUGUUUUCCGCAAGCACAAGAAGCAGGGACACCCAGGCAGUGAGCAGCUCCAGUGCAGCUUCUGCCCCUACGCCACCUUCAACCCCGUGGAGUUUCAUGACCAUGUGGGGAAGAUGCACGCCAACGAGAAGAUCCACAAGUGCACUGAGUGCGCCUUCGCCACCGCGCACAAGAGGGUGCUUAUCCGGCACAUGCUGCUGCACACCGGAGAGAAGCCUCACAAGUGUGAGCUCUGCGAUUUCACGUGCCGGGAUGUGAGCUACCUGUCCAAGCACAUGCUGACCCACUCCAACGACAAGAACUUCAUGUGCACUGAGUGUGGGUACAUCACCAAGUGGAAGCACUACCUGAAUGUCCACAUGCGCAAGCACACUGGAGAUCUCCGGUACCAGUGCAACCAGUGCUCGUACCGCUGCCACCGUGCUGACCAGCUGAGCAGCCACAAGCUGCGGCACCAGGGCAAAAGUCUGAUCUGUGAGGUGUGCGGCUUCGCCUGCAAGCGCAAGUACGAGCUGCAGAAGCACAUGCAGGCGAAGCACUCGCAGAACUACCAGGUGCCUGUCUUCCAGUGCCAGUAUUGCACCUACCAGACAAAGUACAAACAGGCCCUGCUAUGCAAGCACACCAAGCAGAAGGAGUUUCGCUGCGCCCUCUGCUCCUACUGCACCUUCAGCAACACCAGCCUCUUCUUCCACAAGCGCAAGAUUCACGGCUACGUCCCUGGUGACAAGGACUGGCUGGAAAACUACGCCAGCAAGGAGCUGGAGAUCAGCUCAUCUGAGGCGCUCUUCGGCUACGAGCUUGGCACAGCCCUGCGUGUGGAUGCCUGCUCCCCCCUCGCUGGCAAGGAGCAGUGGGCAAAGGCAAAGCCAUCCCAGCUGGACUCCCAGGGGAAAGAGGGCUACCAGCGAGCGUUCAUGGUGCCUGUCCUCAGGCAGGAUGCCGCUCCGCUGCAGAGCAGCAGCGAGGUGGAAGGAGGUGUGGGCGAUGGUGAGCAGAACCAUCCCACCACUGGCAAUGCCCUGGGAGAUGACUGCUCACAAGGACACGCUGCAGCAGGCUCGACUGAGCGCGCUGCUUCUGGGGACGUGGCAGAGAGCUGCACAUUGCACUUGGAGACACUGAACGUCUCAUCUGACCCCCUCCUGGACCAUUUGACUGGAGAAUCCUGCAUGGCGCAGCCAGAGAGCGUGGAAAUGCUGUCCUGCAAGGAACCUCCCACAGCCUACGAGAUGCUGGGCUCCCGGGGUGACCUUGGCUUGGUGGACAAUGACAAUACGCUUGAAGACAUCCCAGACUUUGAGGAAGAGGAGGCAGAUAUACAGGAGGAUGAGGCGGUGAGGCUGGAUGACAGAGUAACAGCAGGAGAGAGCCAGGGAAAAGACUCCCUAAGGCAGGCCACGGGUCACCUCGAGGGGUCGUGCUCGGACCACCACAAGCUGGUGGCAGACACAGAGAUGAGAGAGACCAGCCAAGCUGAGCUGCCAGAGGCCUGGCUCAGCGUGCUGAAGACAACUGAGCAGAGCCACCCGCCUGUCCCAGAGGAUGUGGCCGCCUCCAAUGAUGAUGCUCGAGGUGGCUCGGAGUCAGUGCUUAAGGCGCUGCGGAAGCAGGACAAGGAGCAAGCGGAGACGCUGGUGCUGGAGGGCAGGGUGCAGAUGCUAGUGGUGCAGUCAGAGAGCCAGAUCUUUAAGUGCGAGAAGUGCUCGUACAUCACGCGGAAGGAAAAGUCUAUGUCCCUGCACUCCAAAGCCAGCUGCCAGAGCCGCCGGGCCCCGCUCGUGUGCCAUGAGUGCGGCGCCAGCUUUAAACAGCAAAGGGGGCUCAACACCCAUCUCCUCAAGAAGUGCCCAGUCCUCCUGAAGAAGAACAAGAUCCUCAAACCAGCUGGUCAGGAGCUGCCUGGGCUGUGCCAACCUGCUGACCAGCCUGGUGAUAACGGUACGGAAAUGGCAGAGAGCGACAAGGGAGGCUCGGAGGAGUCUGGACAUGCCGAGACCCUCUGGGAAGUGGAACUGAUGCCUGAUAAAACGCAAGCAGUAGGCAGUUCCUUGGCUGGGGAGCAGACCUCAGGCUGUCCUGCCCCUGAAAAAUCCUUGACAAGUGACAGCAUAGAGGUCGCAGAAGAAUCUUGCCAGCAAGGGGACGGAGCUGAGCCAGGUGGAGCCAGUUGUCCCCCGCAGCCUGAGAAACCCUUGGAGAAAUACCGGCUGGAGGGAGGGAAGCUGCACUGCAACACCUGCUCCUUCGUCUGCUCCCGUGUCUCCACCAUCACUUCCCACGUGGAGGACGGGUGCCGGAGCCUGGAGCAGUUGUGGUGCUCCCUGUGCCCUGAGGCCUUCCGCUCCCAGCGGGCCCUCAAGAGCCACCGUGCCGAGAAACAUCUUGUGCAUUCCAAGGAGGACGGACCUCAAAGCACUGAGCUCCCCGAGGGGGACCCGGCCAGUGUUGAGAUGGGCCAGCCCAGUGAGCCCCUGCCAGAUGCAGCCCUCCCAAAAGCUGCCCUGCCCAAGAGGAGGCGUUUCUCCUGUCCCACCUGCCCCUUCACCUGCCACCAGGAACGAGCCAUGAAGACGCACAAGAAGAGGGGCUGCGUGGCACUGGGCGAGUUUCGCUGUGCCUCCUGCCCCUUCACCUCCAAGGCGGCCAAAGCCCUGCGGCUGCAUCGCAAGCUGCACCGCAAGCACUACAGCAAACGACCGCAGCUGCAAUGCCACCAGUGCGAGUUCACCUGCAAGCAGGCCCGGUGCUUGUGGCAGCACGUCCGCAUCAAGCAUGAGGGGGUGAAGCCGCACAAGUGCCGCUACUGCGAGUUCAGCACCACACGGCGCUACCGUCUGGAGGCCCACCAGUCCCUGCACACUGGCGUGGGGCGCAUCGCCUGCGGCAUCUGCAGCCAGACCUUCGGCACCAACUCCAAGCUGCGCAUCCACCGCCUGCGGGUGCACGAGAAGACGCCCACCCACUUCUGCCCGCUCUGCGACUACAGCAGCUACCUGCAGAAUGACAUCACCCGCCAUGUCAACAGCUGCCACCGUGGCGAGCUCAACUUCGGCUGCUCCCGCUGCGAGGCUCGCUUCAGCUCCGAGACAGCCCUCAAGCAGCAUGUCCUGCGGCGGCACGAGGAGAAGGUGUCCUACGGUUGCCCGCACUGUGGCUUCGUGUGCCACAGCGAGGCCACGCUCAAGUGCCACGUGCAGAAGCAGCACCCGCAUCUGGAAUGCAGCACCUGCAAGGAGACCUUCGCCACCCGGGAGGCGCUGGAGGAGCACAAGACACAGCAUUUUAGCCACCGCUGUGAGCUGUGCAGCUUUGCAGCCAAGGAGCGGCAGCCGCCGGCGGGGGCAUAUCCGGCCACCCCCCAGGACAAACCCCUGCGAUGCCCCUUCUGUGACUUUGCCUGCCGUCACCAGCUCGUCUUCGACCAGCAUAUGAAGGGCCAUGGGGGCACCCGUGUGUACAAGUGCUCGGACUGUGAGUACACCACCAAGAACAGGCAGAAAAUCACGUGGCACAUCCGCAUCCACACUGGCGAGAAGCCCUACAAGUGCCACCUCUGUAAAUACGCCUGCGCCGACCCCUCGCGUCUCAAGUACCACAUGCGGAUCCACAAGGAAGAGUACCACAUGCGGAUCCACAAGGAAGAGCAGAACCAGCUCAAGUACCACAUGACAAAGCACACAGGCCUGAAGCCAUACCGCUGCGAUGAGUGCGAGUACCGCACCAACCGGGCGGACGCUCUGCGGGUGCACAAGGAGACGCGGCACCGGGAGGCCCGUUCCUUCAUCUGUGAGCAGUGCGGCAAGGCCUUCAAGACCCGCUUCCUCCUCAAGACCCACCUGAAGAAGCACAGUGAGGAGAAGCCCUACAUCUGCAACGCCUGCGGGCGGGCUUUCCGCUGGGCAGCCGGCCUGCGCCACCAUUAUCUGACCCACACCAACGAGCAUCCCUUCUUCUGCCGCUACUGCCCCUACAAGGCUAAGCAGAAGUUCCAGGUCAUCAAACACAUCCAACGGCAUCACCCCGAGCGUGGGGCUAACGACCCCAGCCAGGGGGUGGGCAAGGACCCCAGCACUCCCACCGUCCACCUCCAUGCCGUGCAGAGGGAGAGCCGGGCCGAGGGCCCCCCCAGGACAGAGCAGGAAGGAGGGUGCCCCGCAGAGAAGGACGGCGCUUCGCAGUGA